AUGGGGAAAAAUAUCAGUGAAAAAGUAGAAAAAGUUAGAAAAAUUUUAAAAAAAGAAAUGGCAGUUGUCUUGGUAAAAACUGAAGUAUUCAAGAACAAUAGAAUGAUUUCUGCAUUAUACGACAAUGAAGAAGAAAUGGUAAAGGGCAAGCAAUGUGAUGUGGGAGGCAAUGCAGGAAAGCCUACUUACAUGCAUAGGGCUGAAAUUUUUAGAAGAAAUCUAGUUAAGGAGCUAAUACAUGGUGUGAAACUGUGGGACGUGCCGCUGGGAAUGAAAAACAAAGAACUCAAAGAAGACCUAGAAAAUAAAUAUGGUGAAAUAGAAAGACUAACUAUGAGAGUUAAUAACAUGUGGCAAUCUGCAGUUGCUAUCUUUAAAGAAAAGGAAGAUGUAAAAAAAGACAUGGAAAAAUGGAGCAUUAUAAUUGGAGAAGACUCCUUGAGGGUUAUACAAAUAGAUCAAACAGCUAAUAAUCUCAAAUCUAGAGGAGAACAUGCAACCAGAAUUAUCGGUCUACCCAAUGGUAUAACAGCACGUGAGUUAUGGCCUCAUGUAGAAAAAAUUAGAGCGAGAACAUGUUAUAUCCCAAGAACAAGAACAUAUAGACGAAAAAACGAAGCAAUUAUCUCGUUUGAAGACUAUGAAACAUGUAGAAAUUCUUUAAAUGUUUCCUGGAAAUUUGGAGAAUUCAAUAUUAGAAUUGUUGAUAUACAAACUAAAAUGUGUCACCGUUGUCAUGCUACAGACCAUUUGGUUAUCGAAUGUUCACAAAAAUUAAAGGAUAACGAAAUUAAAGAGAAAAAUGUAGAUAGACUAGAUAAAUUUGAACCAAUUUAUAAACGACUCAAUUCAAGAUUCUAUAAUAUCAUUAAUAAACAGAUAGGUAAUAAAACAUACGCAGAG